GGAAUUUCCUUUAUUCAUUUCCAGACGACCAAAUUGUUUUUUUUCUCCCCUUCAUAAUAAAGUGUAGUUUUAAAAUGCGAGCAUUGUGCAUAGGACGGUAGUAUUCGUCAGUGUUAGAUCAUUUAAACAUAAUUUUCAUUUACUAGAUCUACAUCUAAAUCGAGAUUUAAUAGUUUUUGCGAGACGGAAAGCGUCAUUUAUGUCAAUAAGCGUUGUAACAUACAAUCAUAUCUAGAUCUAGUCUACAUCUAGAUCUCGGUUAGUUGUGAGUCAACACACCGUUACAGACUGUGACAGAUCUAUGAAGAGCAGACUACUCUAGAUCGACUACAUCUAGAUCUAGUUUUUUAGAAAUACAAAUUUUAUAUCUAUUUUUAAAUCUAGAUCUGUAAUAUAUACAAUUUAGAAAAUCUAGAUUAUAUUUAGAAUGUUGUACGUACACUAGAUCUAAUCUAGAUUCGAAAGUACAAGUACGCAUACUUCUAGAUUUAGAUUAUCAAGAGCUUAUCAUCUACUAAACUAAUGUAGAUCUAGUGUAGGGAAAAAAAAAGAAGAAGCAAAGGGACAUAACUGACGCCAAAGAUAUCUAGGUCUAUAUUCAUAAUGUGCAGAUUCUGUGAUAACAAAAAUAGGCCUUUAUUUAUCUGUGAAGACAAGAAGAAGCAAGCCAGUAUGAACGACAGCAUUAUUCUUGAUCUAGCCACAGACGCAUCAGAGACUACUAAAGAUUACUUGAUAACCACCUUGAGGGACAAGCUAAAUGGACACAAGAGACAAAAAAUCAUAGCACUUUGUGCCAGGGAGAUGGAGCUGACCUUACCGCAGUCCAUUGAAACUAUUAUCUCUACCGAUAACAUAGACUUGUGCUUCAAGGCAAAGUCUCUAAUGGAUGCUGAUAACAUCACUGACUUCGUGCUGGUCACAAGUCUGAUGAUGAAAAAGUACUGGGAGACAGUGUUCUUGCAUAUGUUUUCACAUGUUCACAACUGGUCAAUCAGAGGUGUAGAUGUCCCUAACCAGCCUUCCGGCUUGGUGCGCCCAGAAGUGGACUCAGUCGAAUCUAGUAUUAAAAAUUAUUUCAAAACAGUGGGGAACCCUGAUGAAGUUAAAAUCCUGAGAAGUGCUUUGAUACCUUCAGAUAAGUUUAAUGCAGGUUUUCAUGAGCGCUACGGUGGUGUUUCACAAUUACCUCCCAUUGCAUCUCUUAAUACAAUCUACACUAUGCGCAAACCAGAUUCUCAGUUAGCUAUUAAUGAAAACCGCCGUCGCUUAGGUCAAGCAGCAGGAUUCGAUCCAGAACAAUUAAAGGUGGCCAGAGUGGAACAUGGAAAGUCUAUAUGGGUUGUUGGGAAAACGCCACCUGCAUACUAUGAUGGCAUUGUGACCAAUAUGCCAGGGAUAACUAUUGCUGCACCUGGAGCUGACUGCUCCAUGAUUUUAUUAGCUGAUACUGUUACAGGUGCUUGUGGUGCGGUGCAUGCUGGAUGGCGUGGUACGACUCUCGGUGCUGUCAGAGCCUGUUUGAAAGCAAUGGUGGAUGAAUACCAGACAAAUCCAAAAGAUGUUGUUGCAGCAAUCGGGCCAACUGUUGAUGGCAAAUGUUUUGACCUGCCAGCGGUUGAUGCAAGUCCUGUACAUGAACUUGACCCUUCUUUCACCUGGCCGUCAGAAAGUAAUAUAGAUUGGGUUCAUGCAGAUCUAGUUAAAGCCAAUGUUAAGAUGCUAGAAUUAGAUGGUGUGCCGAGUUCUAAUAUUGAUACCAGUAAUGCCUACUGCACAGUCUGCAACAAACAGUUUUUCUCACACAGAAGGGAUGGGAUUCCCUUUGGUAAUCAAAUAGGAUUUAUAUCAUACAAGGCUUAGUAAAUAUUUGAAUUUUUUUUUUUUAAUUUUAAUAACCAUGAAGUAGAUAAUUUUUUUAAAAUGUGUAUAAAUUAUUUUACAACACAUCAUUACAGACAUUUCUUUGGUAUUGGGGUGUAAUGUACCUUGAUUUUUUACAUUUAGUAACAAUAAGUUGAACUUAUUUUUUUUUGUAAACUAAAAAUGUGUAUCAUUUUAUUUAAAUGAUAAUUAACAUUUUUCUUUCUUUUCAUAAACAAAAAUAUUACCUCAUUGUGUGAAUGAUGGCUACCUUGUGUUUUAAAUUGAAACAUAUUGUUUGAAUGAUACAGAAGUUAAAUUUUUUUUAUCUCAAGUUUUAUUUAACAGGCAGAAGAAAAAAAAGUCGGAAGAUUGAGCUUCAGCUUGUGUGAAAUCAAAAUGAAAAUUCUGUUUUAUAUUUGUGAUAUAAGUAGUUGCCAUUUUUUGUGGCAAAUUUAAAUAUAUAAAACAUGAACAAUUUUUUAUUUAUCAACUAAUGUUGUGUGCAUUUUUAGAACACUAAAUCUAUUCAGAUUUACCUAGUACAAUAUAUUAUUGUCAUUGUAUAUAUUGUUUUACCUUUUGAUUAGAGUUGUAUCACAAGUCUUUCAUACUAUACAUUCCAUUAUUGUCCUUAUUGCAAUAUAUAAACAUGACUUUUAAGAUUGAAUUAUUUGUUAUGUAUAAAUGUAUCAACUAUAUUAUAUAAAAGUUCAUAAACUAUUGAUUAGUUUAGUGAAAUUACAAAUCAUAACACUAACAAUUAUUUCAUUUAAUGUUGAAAUACUAAACUGGACACAAUCUAUAAUUGUAAAUAUUAAAAUUGUACUUAACAAACAUUUAGCCCAUUACAAUCGAGUGUUUUACAUAAAUUUAUUUAUGUUGUUACAGUCUAUAACUGUAAACCAUUUUUAACAUUGCCUGUGUAUUAAGAAACUUAAUACAUUGGAUGUAUGGAUGGUCAUUUUGUAUUCAUUUCUGAUAUUAAUAUAUUAAUACACUCAUGUCACCAUGUCAUCUUACAAUAGAGGGAUGUAAUUAUCUGUUGUUCUUUUUGUAAUAAUUUUUUUAUUUGUUCCUAAUAUCCUGUCCUUUUUUUUUUUAACAAUUUUACUUUUUUCAAAUGUAGAAAACAUAUAUGUAAGGUUUGAUUAUAACUUUAAUAAAAGAAACAUUAUCAUGUCA